AUAGCUUCCUCUCAAUUACUUCCUUCCAACAUCAUAUCCAACUCUUCUCCUCCUCCAAAUCAACACAUCCACACGACCAUGGUUAUGGCCGCCAACUUGCAACACUGCCUCCUCAUCUCCCAAACCCCCCACUCCAAAGAACAAAAACCAAUAGUAGCAACAGCAAUAGCAGCUGAAGAAGACAAGCUCAUCGCCACCAUAACCGAACUCUACAACGCCAUUUCCAAUCUCCCUUCUCUCCACCCUUCGCCGCAGGUAAACUCCCUCUUCUCUUCCCUAGUUGCCGCCUGCAUCCCUUCCUACCCAUCCCUCUUCCUCACCUCCCUCCCUCCCUCCACUCUCUCCAUGCGCUCCCACCUCAUCUCCCUCUGCAGCACAGCCGAAUCCUCCCUCGAACUCCACUACUCCUCUCUCCUCCUCCAACUCUCCCUCUCCUCUUCCUCCCUCCUCCCCCACCUCCCCCUUUUCCCUUACUUCUCCAACUACCUCUCCCUCUCCCUCCUCGAGUCAUCCCUCCUUCAAUCCCACCUCCCCCACCACCCUUCCCUCUUCGCCUUCCUCGGCUCCGGUCCCCUUCCUCUCUCCUCCAUCAUCCUUGCUUCACGCCACUUUCCUUCCUCCUCCUUCCACAACUACGACAUCGACCCCACCGCCACCGCAAAGGCCUCCGCUCUCGUCUCCAACGAGCGAUCGCUCGCCUCGCGCAUGGAGUUCAUAACCGCCGACGCAUCAACAAUCGGCGAGCGGCUUCGGAGCUACGGGGUGGUGUUCUUGGCGGCAUUGGUUGGGCUGGACACCCCACAAAAGGUGGCGGUGGUUGAGCACUUGGCGAGGUUCAUGGCGCCCGGAGCAAUGCUGGUGGUGCGAAGCGCGCACGGAGCCAGAAUGUUCUUGUAUCCAGUAAUAGAACCAGGGGAUCUCAAAGGAUUUGAGGUCCUAUCAGUUUAUCAUCCUGAUGAUGAAGUUAUUAAUUCUGUCAUUGUUGCCAGGAAGAUGGGGGCUAUGGUAGAGAUCAGCUGUAAGUGUUGUGAGGCGAAGAAGAUGAAGAUGAAGUUGAAGAAUGGACAUGGAGGAGUAGUGGUGGAGGAGCUUCCCACUGGGGCAUAACUAAUUUUAUCUAUCACUAUUAUGUUUUAACUUAAAGUUAGUUAAUAUAUGAAAUAAUGUUGAAUUUGAGUGAAUAAAUCAUUGAUACUCUAUUGGACGAGUACAUGGUUUAUUUUUUGGGAGAGGAGGAGAAAUGAUUGCGUCUGAUAUUUUAAAUGAUUUUAUUUCUCAUUAAUAAAUAAGAAAAAUUAGUGGGAAAAAUGUCAUGUUGGUGGGGAUAUCAAUUGUAUUAA